UCGGUAACCGGUCAACUCUGAAAGCCUGUGUACUGCAGUUGCCGCGCACCUCAUAUGUUUUUGGCCUGGUCAUCUAUUCCUACAGUGCAAUUGGUAUGGAUAACACAAUGGUGUUUGCGGAGACGGAAAGUCCAUUCACAUCACGUGCUAUAUAGAGCAGUAUUAAUGCGCAGGCGUCAGUCGGUAUUUGAAACCUCAUGCAGCUUUGCUUAGAAAGAGCUGUGAUGAAAAUACUACAGAAUAGGUCUUCUGUCUUCAAUAAUGAUAUACAGCCUAUGCAGGUGUGGAUACAUUUUGAGCAACCAUUGGCAUAAUUAGUCUAAAUGUGUGACGUGCGCUGUUACCGUGUUGUGCUCGAGGUCUGCACCUGUUCACUAGGAUACUGAAGCCCCCGGUGAGUGUUCCGUAUGCAUAGGGAAACAUCACUUUGUUUUGACAUUUUAAACCCUUUUAUUUGCAUUAACUACAUGGCGCGUUAUUUCUACCGAAUAUUUACAGUAAAGGCUGGUUUAGCAGUUACUAGGAGUUAUGCCAUCUAGACCCGUGAACGGUUUUGUUCCCGACCAGUGAUAUUCGGUGAAGCAAGAAGCUAUAGCCAAGUCAUAGCGUGCAGUACAACUGCGAUGUUCGGCCAGUCACCUCACGUUCUUGGAGGCAUCUUGUGGAUUCAGAAUCCAAUGAGAGCUGUCCACUGCAACCUGAGCCAGAAUGGGAUCGACCACCAGAUGAUGUGCCCGGACGACGUGACCUCACACCUGGAGGAGCAGCCCCUGGACCAAGGCGCCAUGCUGGACGACGACAGCCCCACCUAUCAGGACGUGAGCCCCGGCUACCAGCGUCACCCACCGCCCCAGCGCUCCCUCUCCGAGUCAGAACUCUCACGGCCGGGGAAUGUAAAGCUGUCCAAGCCGGUGGCCCUGUGGACCCAGCAGGACGUGUGCAAGUGGCUGAAGAAGCACUGCCCCAAGCAACACCAGAUCUACAGUGACUCCUUCAAGCAGCAUGACAUCACAGGGCGGGCUCUGAUGAGAUUGACAGACAGGAAGCUGGAGCGAAUGGGCAUCAUGCAGGAGGGCCAACGGCAGUACAUCCUCCAGCAGGUCCUGCAGCUCCGCGUCAGAGAAGAGGUCCGCACCCUGCAGCUACUCACGCAAGCCUCUCUGGAGUGUUCACCGUAGCCCGGGCGCUCUAGGAAACCAGCUGCCAACAGGACCCGGUCUCCCUCCGAUCCUGGGCUUCCUACAUCUGACCCUUGACCUCCUCCCACCACCAGUCAAAGCCGUCUUAACCCCAACCUCAUACCUAACUCCAAUCUUAAUCCUAACCUUGAUUUUUAACCCCGUGCAUAAUCUCAAACCUUCAAACAAGUCAAGUCAUUGACCUGUCCAGUGACUUAUCACAGACAGACAUUCAUUUUCUUGCCUUUAACCAAGCGUUUCCACUACAUUUGUCCCUAUCCCAUCCCAACUCUCUUACCCCUUCCGAAUUACCACAACCCAACACCUGUCUCCCAGGACUCUAUUCUGAGAACAAGCAUCAAAAGCUGGACAAUUUAUCCAUCCUCAACUGACGAUCCCACUACAAGGACUGUGGAGAACGAUGAGAAAACAAACACGUCAAAGAUGGCGUCCACUUCCAAAAACCUUCUCACUGUAUAGUAAAUCCUCCAGCGUAGGACAGACAUUAAAUGUGAAUUGUACCCCCCACGAUACACCACUGAGCCGGUGUAACAUUCUAGUGACUUCUAAUGGUGACUUUAGAGACAUUGGGUACACCAGCCUUUCUCUCUCUCUCUCUGUCCUCACUGACUAUAUCGCCAGAGCAGUGAGAGGGUGCUACAUUUUGCAUUCCCUUCCCCUCUCUGUCCCUCUCUUCCUGACUGUUGUCUGCAUUGAUUCUGUGCCCUGCCAGAGUUUGGGCUUGCCUGGUGAAAAUGACAUCUGUUGUCCUAUCUGUCUGUCCUCACACCUUUCCCUCCUUCACUUUUGUGGGUCGCUUUCUCAGCGCGGUCAGCAAGCCUUCACUGUGAAUAAGUCCAGGUGUGGCAUGAAGAGGGAGAACCUGGCAAACCAAAAGGUACUAAAUGUGAUGGUGAAAAGAUCUGGCAACCCAUUAAGGAUUAAAUGUGAUAGUGAAAAGACCUGACAACAUAAAUGGAACACGGUAUGUUAUUGCGAGGACCUGGCUAAAGUGCUUUUGAGCCAGGGAAACUGAAAUGACUGAUAACCUACAUGGGACAAUUGGUCGGUUGAGAGAGAAUCUGGCAACCCAAAAGGGCUUUUGAGCCAGUGAAAAUGAAAUGACUGAUAACCUACAUGGGACAAUUGGUAGGUUGAGAGAGACUUCAAGGCAAGUGCUUCUCUACUGAUGAAGAAGAAAAAGAUUCUCUCUAUCUCACUGCUUGAGACUAUUUUUAGAUAUGAGAUGUAUUGAAAAUAGUGUAGAAAGGAAAAUGUACCGUGGGCAAAAAAACAAAUCAUCCAAUGUCUGUCAAGUCUCAGAGAGACGUGGUAUUUAUGAGAAACUAACUCUUUGCUGUAACUGUUAAUGUGAAAUGGCCAUUCACUGGUGAUAUAAAGGCAUUUUACCUGUCAUGCCAACAAACCUGUUGCUUGGGCCAUUGUGACCUAUAUGUGUGUUUUCAUACCUUGUAGCCAGUAAUGAACUUUAACUAAAGCCAGUAUGCUGGAGUGAUUCCUAUUACCAAUGUAUCACUACCAGUGUAGCAUGAACUAUUGUCACCAUCACAACAACCUCCUCCCUGUGAAUAUGAAUAAAUGGGGAUCCAAAAAAUUUAAAUGGCCUCCAAGAAACAAAAGGGGUGGGAUUCCAGCCCUGGAGAGCCUUUGAUUUAGCUGAAUUGAAUUGCAACAUUGGGUCUUGCAUGUUACGAGCGUCCAUUGUUUGGUUUGGAGCUUGCCUUAUGCGCUCUAGUGGUUGGUUGGCCCAGUAGUAGCAGAUUAGUAUUGAUUAAACCUUCAGGACUGUAUUUCCCUCCAGGCCUGGAAUAGCCCAAUCCCUGACAUUGGAGAGGUAAGGAAUGCUGAUACUUGGUCACAUGGGAUGAAGUUGUUCAUAUCACAAUACAAGUGGCUAUUUCAUGCUUUGGUGGAGCUCUGGUGUCAGUGUCUCUCUCAGCCCUGCCUGACUGCUUCCAGUUGGGAAGGCUGGCGCUCUGAUUUCACAUCAUCUGGAUGUCAAUAGCCAAACUGGGAGGAGCAGUCUACAGAGUUAACACAAGGCAGUGUUUUGUUGAAUCCAGUAUUGUUGAGAACCGUAUUGAAUUCAGUGUUUGGGUAAGGGAAAAAUCCUCCUGGAACUGUAACAUGUCAGGAUGGAGCAGCCCCACCAUAACUUGGCUGGUGGGGUGUUUUGGGGAAGGAAGUAUGAUUACUUUGUAUGCAGUCGCCAACCAUGUGACUUUCAAGGCAUUUCGAACCUGGGUCGUGUUCAUUAGGGAAUACCGUAACAAAACGUUUUGCAACAGAAAACAAAAACGAUCGUUUCUUAUUGGACAAGUCCAGGUAGUCCCUCCCUGUUUGUCUGUUUUCUCCUGUUUGGUUCCUAAUGAACACGACCCUGCCGGCUCUGCCAAGGUGCCCGAGGACUUGCCUGAACUGGCUCUUUCCACAAUCUCCUGAUUUUCUUUUUUUUAGGCAUUUGGCAUUUUUUCAUUGGCACUUUACUAGUACACUCUUAUUGCACAAGAAAAACAUGCACGCAAAUAGAAGCAGACAUACAAGGAAUUGUCACUACACAUAGCCAGACAUUACAUUCACAGGUGUAUAUGCAUCUAUCACGUUCUCACUUAUCAUUAUUCAUGAGUCAUUCAGUAUUGCGGUAGCAUCCACAUUAAUGUAGAAGUGUUUAGAAACAUUCUAUUCUUAUUUACAUUUUUAUUUUAUUUAACUAGGCAAGUCAGUUAAGAACAAAUUCUUAUUUACAAUGACGGCCUACACCGGCCAAACCCGGACGACGUUGGGCCAAUUGUGCGCCACCCUAUGGGACUCCCAAUCACGGCCGGUCGUGAUACAGCCUGGAUUCGAACCAGGGUGUCUGACGCCUCUAGCACUGAGAUGCAGUGCCUUAGACCGCUGCGCCACUCAGGAGCCAAUAAAAGUGACUCAAAUAAUGACAUAAUACAUUAUUUACCAUUUAUUUCUAUCGGGCCGAAAAUGAUCUGAAAUGCAACUACAACAAACAGUAAAUGCAUCCAACAAGUUUGUAGUCACAAGCUUGACGUAAUCAUUGUGUGCUAGAAAUAUGGGACCAAAUACUAAACUUUAAUACACAUUUAAAUUAAUUUGUCCCAAUACCUUAGUCCCCCCAUUUUAGGGGACCAAUGAACAAAAAGUGCUGUAAUUUCUAAACAGUUCACCCGAUAUGGAUGAAAAUACCCUCAAAUUAAAGCAGACAGUCUGAACUUUAAUCAUUUUAAAUCCACAACAAAAUUGUCACUGUCCCAAUACUUUUGGUGCUCACUGUAUAUGGAAAGAUCUAGGCAAUGGGGACUGUCUAAUUGUUUUUUGUGUGUUUUUUUUACAAUAUUGCAGAGAAUGAAGUUGGCUUAAUUCUAAGUAACGUUGGGUUGCUUAGAUUUCGAUUUUGCUUUGGUGUGGAUUGAGAACUAUACGUUCAUAUCAGUUGUGUUCCUCCAUUGUAUUCACCGUUCCUUAUUUCUAUUGUGGAUAGUUUCUGUGAACCAAUGGAAAGGCUACAAAACAAUGAGCAAACCAGCUUUGGACUUGGAUUGUGAUGAUACCGAUGAAUGAAUCCUGCACACAAUGUUAUUUAUUUUAUAUUUUUAUCAGGAAUAAUGUUUGACUAGACGUGUAGGAAAUUGUUUGAUCAAAUAUGCAUAAAAGGAGAGUAGUUCUGCACCUUUGUAUAGUUUUUCUUCCAAUUUUGAUCAUGAUUUAGUAUCUGUAAAGAAAAUGUAUUGAUCUAAUGGGAUUUUUAAAAUACUGUUUUGUCUGCUUGGACUUGAAAGACAAAUAUGGUUGCAGGCAGUGGUGUUAUUUUCAUGAAUCUAUUUGUAAUUUUGACGGUAGCUUUUUUUUUUAUGUAUUUGUUUUGAGAAGGCAACGACAUUUUGAAAACGCAUUUGCUGUUUUGCAAAAGGCCACAUAGUUCUGCCUUGUGAACUCUGUUUUGAAAAUCGACAACAUUGUGCAAAAAAAUCGCUCGUACGCGAUUGAGAGAAACUGUAAUGUAUGAUUUUUCUGCCAUUUUUAAAGCAUGUUUUUAUUACUUUCCGGUGUUUUCCAUAUCAGACAGGCAUGCAGACCAAGUCUUCAGCCCCCAUACGCCCCCCCCAUCUACAUAUAGGGUGCAUAAUCUUAGAAAUAAAUGAAAUGUUGGUAACACUUUACUUCACACCUAGUGUCAUAACACGUCAUAUGUCAUAAGCUGACAUUACUUGUCAUAACCUGUUUAUAAUAUGGUCAUGACACUUUAUAUUUAGACCUGUUAUGACAUAUAUUGCAUUAUGUUAUGGCUAUUGUGACCCCUACAUAAGAGUCACAGGAGGCUGGCGAGGGGAGAAUGGCUCAUAAUAAUGUCUGGAACAGAGCAAAUGGAAUGGCAUCAAACACAUAGAAACCAUUUUAUUUUUUUUAUGUAUUUGAUACCAUUCCACUAAUCAUGUUCCAGCUAUUACCACGAGCCCGUCCUCCCCAAUUAAGGUGCCACCAACCUCCUGUGAUAAGAGUGUCAAAACCUACCACAGUAGUUAUUUUAUGGCAGGUUAUGACACCUACAUAAGUGUCAAAACGCACAAAACCUACCGAACAAGGCAAAACAUUCCAGUACACCAUAACCUACUUGUCAACAGUAUGUUUAUCAUUUUUAUUGACCAUAUUAAAUUAUCAUUGUAAUUGCGUACACAUUGACGCCAGAAAUGCACCUACCCCACGCUCUGUUGCUGAUGACUGAUGAAUGCAGGAGCAGGACUGAUAUAAGGGCAUGUACGUGAUAGGCCUAUCUUAUGAUGGUCACAAUGCAUCUUGGCAAUGUCAUAAAGUGUAUUUUCUACAAGUUAUCUAAAAUAUGAGGGGGAAAAAACAUGACUGUAAAUAAUUCAUAACAACAAAGGGUUUAAGAAACAAACUUUCUACCGAAAGGAAGCUUCUUGGCAGGGGAAAAACUCAUUUGAAUAAAUGUGUGUUUUGACACUUAUGUAGGUGUUAUAACCAGCCAUAAAAUAACGCAAUAUAUGUCACAGGUGUAAAUACAGUAUAUGAGUCAUGACAGGGUUAUGAACAUAUUUCAGGUUAUACAUGUUAGCUGUUAUGACAUGGUUAUGUGUAAAGUGUUGUCAAAUAUUAAUAUAAUAAAUAAAUCAAUUAACAUUG